CAGUCUUUCCCGUUAUUAGGGUAAAUUGUCGAGUUUUUAGCCUUCCCCACACAUGUUCAGAGGGAAGGCUAAUAUAGUUUUUGCUUGGAGUAUGUAUGCAACAGACAGACGCGUCCUUUCUCUGCACUGCAGUCAGCGCCACUCGCACAUUUGGCGUAGGACGGUCACGUUACAAAGUGGGUCGGCACUGUAGCUGCUGCUGGAGAGAGGACUGCGCAAAAACCACGGCCCGGAUUUGUGCCUGCCUUACGUCAUGGGGAGCCUCAGACCUCUUUGACAGGAUCCAACAACGAGAAGCACCGGGGAUGUGUAAUCAACAUCCAGCGGGCCGGGGGAUGUCGACGAGCACACGGCUGAUUUGUGCCACAUACUCGCCCUUAAAGUAAAACCAGACACGGAUAUUUCGCUUCGAUUGUACGAUUGCGGCGCACCAUGCGACCGCCUCUCCGCUAUUAAAGGGACUACAACGGCUGUUUUCUACCUCAAAAACGAGCUGUUGACCGAGGAGGGAUAAGCACCCGGAGAACUAAUCCGCAGAACGGUCACAUUCACGGCGGGGUUUGGACCUGACAGAAAUGGACAGGGCAGCACGAACUGGAUUAAAUGAUAGGGAAUAAAAGAGACGCCGCGAACAAAGCGAACCUGAAGUGUUAUGCUCGUUAAUACGUGUGGUCUUUAUUUGACUGGAAAUGGGAGCUUUAACAAGCAGACAGAACAUAGGCGUGGAAGAAGUGGACAUUCCGUCCAGUUCGGUGUACCGUUAUCCACCGAAAUCCGGGAGUUACUUCGCCAGCCAUUUCAUCAUGGGUGGAGAGAAGUUUGACUCCACCCAUCCGGAGGGUUACCUGUUUGGGGAGAACACAGACCUUAACUUCCUGGGGACCAGACCUGUGGCGUUCCCGUAUGCAGCCCCUCCACCUCAGGAACCAGUAAAGACUUUACGAAGCCUUAUAAACAUCCGUAAGGACACACUGCGGCUCGUACGGUGCAGUGAGGACCUGAAACUGCCGGGUGACGAGGUGGCGGGGAAGAACAGGGCCUGCUACAACGUAGAGUUCACCUUCGACGCUGACACACAGGUGGCCAUAACCAUCUACUACCAGGCUAUAGAGGAGUUUCACAAUGGGGUGCCAGUCUACCUGCCCCAGGACAGCUCUCUGCAAUCUGAGACGGUGCACUUCAAGAGGGGAGUGUGCCAGCAGUUCUGUCUGCCCUCACACACCGUAAACCUCAGCGAGUGGGCUGACGAGGAGCUGCUGUUUGAUAUGGACAAAGAGGUUUUCCCCAUGGUGGUGCAGGCCGUUGUAGAUGAGGGGGACGAACAUUUGGGCCACUCUCACAUACUGCUGGCUACAUUUGAAAAGCACAUGGACAUGAGCUACUGUGUGAAGCCUCUGAAGCAGAAACAAGUGGUGGAUGGGGUGAGUUAUCUACUGCAGGAGAUCUACGGGAUAGAGAACAAAUACAACAGCCAAGAAUCAAAGCUUGCUGACGAUGAGAUCAGUGACAACAGUGCUGAGUGUGUGGUGUGUUUGUCAGAUGUGCGAGACACACUCAUCCUGCCGUGCAGACACCUGUGUCUCUGCAACGCCUGCGCAGACACGCUGCGCUACCAGGCCAACUGCUGCCCCAUCUGCAGACUGCCAUUCAGAGCUCUGCUGCAGAUCCGAGCCAUGAGGAAGAAACUCAGUCCUCUGUCACCUACCAGCUUUAACCCCGUCAUCACUUCCCAGACCUCUGACUCGGAGGAACACUCGUCGUCUGAGCACAUCCCUCCAGGCUAUGAGGUGGUGUCUCUCCUGGAGGCGUUGAAUGGCCCCCUCAACUCCUCCGUGGUGAAUCCUCCUCCUCUCCACUCGGGUCCCAGCCACGUCUCGGGAACGCUGCCCCCAUACAGCAGUGAGCCUCACCCGGCACUGGCCCGCUCCCUCUCCCCUCUAGACCACUCCAACUCUAGUCAGGGACUCAAACUCAAAAAGAGUGGUUCAAAGUCACUUUCCCAGAAUUCCUCUGUCCUUCCUGAGGAGGAGGAUGAGAAGUCUUGCAGUGAAUCGGAGGCCUGUCGCCACAAACUCACCGUGGACCAGCAGGAGAGCCGAGUGACUCCAGACAGCGAGAACCUGACUCUCUCCUCGUCUGGAGCCAUCGACCAGUCGUCCUGCACGGGAACCCCGCUCUCCUCCACCAUCACCUCCCCUGAAGACCCAGUGAGCAGCAGCCUGGUCCAGUCAGUGAUGUCCAUGGCCUCAUCCCACUCCCAGCACUCCCACAUCAGCACUGACACCAUGUCCUCCAUGUCAGGGUCCUACCUGGCCGGGGCUGAAGGCGAGCCCGGGGAUGAUGAGGGUGGAGACGCUGAGGGCGAGGAGAACCAGGACGCCCCCAUGGAGAGCCGAGGGCCAUCGCAGCAGCACGGGGAGUUUUCCCAGGAGCCAAAGGAACAAAACUACUCAGUGGCUGUAGAGGAGCAGGACUCAGAGGGAAACGAUGUCACUGAAGAGGACUGCUCCUCCCCGUCUAAUGGGAAAGGUGGGCGGAGCAGGUGUCCAGAGUUGGCCAAUAACAAUCAGGGCGUCGCCCUCUGUGACACGCCCUCUUUGGGGUUGGAUAAUGAGCAGGCUUCCGACAGCCGAUUCGCCGAUGAGGAGUCGUGCCCAGUGCACAUUGAGGACUAGGUCUGAUGUAUCUCGGGGGCUACAGGCCUGUUUUAGAGCCCCACCCCCACCACACCUCCACCAGCAACAUCAACUUGGAGGAGCAGGGGGCUGAGAACAGGGACGGCCAGAGUCCCAAACAUCCCCGCCGCGGACCACUCAUUGUGUAACACACUCGAACAAACUUACACACAAAAACACUCAGACUUCUCCGUCCAGAGUCAGCUUUUCUUACCCUGCCAUAGCGCUGCAUCACUGGAUACUGUCCUCACUGAGCAGGGAACACCUCCCCCCCCGUCCCCCCUCCAUCCGUUUGAACACUUCCUGGAUUAAUUGUUGUGAGGAGGGAAGAGGAAGAGAAGGGCAUCCCAUGUCUGUUGUCUGUGCACUUUUAUCUCACAGGAGUUUCUUUGUUUUUUUUUGUCUGUGACCUAACUUGUUGUGGGAUUGAUUAGCCUACUGUUACAUUAUUAUUUAUUACCUGUAGGUCUAACCAAUGAGAGCUGAGUAUUGUGACACUAUCUCUAGAAAAAUACAUGCUGCUCUUCUCCUUCCCUCUCCUCUAUUACCAGCCAAACAGUCAGGGGCUACUGUGAUCGGCAAUCUGAUUUAUUACUAAUGUACUUCUUCUCUCUUAUAAACUGUAUGUUGAAUGAGUGUUUGGACAAUAUUCAAAAGUCUGCUCACACCGGACUACCUUACCUUAGCGAACUAAAACACGCUGACUCCUCUCUUCGGAUCAGGGAGCGCCCGUCUCAACUUCGCAUGCAGCUUUAGACCUCUGCUGACGUUUUCCUCUCAUUCCCGCCACGAUUUCCAAACAACCUUUGCUGAAUGUGAAUACAGAAGCUGUCGGACUUAAGGCGGCUGACGAGCCAAGAAAUGGUGGCCAAAAUGAACAGAAAUGGACUGAAAACGAAAAAGAGACUUGUCACACAGAAUGUAGGACAAUGAACGUGGAUCUUUUAGAAGGGGAAUGUACGUGACAUUUAAAUCGUCAUCUAAACUGGAAUUAAACAUGAACUUUGAAUUCUAAACUGGUUCUACACACACACACACACACACACACACACACACACACACACACACACACACACACCAUCCUCUCCUUCUGCAGCACCAUCUUAGCAUGUCAGUAUUAUCGUAUUUGCAACUGGAAACCAACAAGUACCACCAAGCAAUAAAGAUGCCGAAGCUGCGUCUCCUCUUCUCCUGCAGGAGGAUGGUCAUGUGCAGUUCAAACAAAAACUGUGUUGCGCUGGUCUGUUACAUUCAAAUUCAGACAUUUCAGUGUGUUUGUUUAUUUUGUUAUUUUUUAAAUUUUUUAUUUUGCCAUUGUAAAGGGAUUUUUUUGUGAGGAAAAGCAUCAAUUUGAAAACCUUAACGUGAGAUUUAGGCCACACUGUGGUUAGCUGGCAUUUUGUUCAUAUUAUUAUCAUCCCCAACGAGCCCUUUUCUCCUCGUUUGUGAGGCUUUAGUUGUUUUGGUUUUGUAUAACUUUAAUGUAUAGCUCACACGUUGUUGAUGUUCUCCUUUACCGUGUUUUAAGUUGUUGCAAAACACUGUGCCGUUUACUAGAAUGUGGAUGAAAAUAUGUGAAAAUUGGUAAAGGUUUACACACAUCCGUACUCACAUAAAGAAUAACUGAAAAGGGACAAUAUCAACAUUUAAUGCACUAUUAGCUGUUACCUAGACGACACACUUUGCGGUGCAUGAGGCGAUAGUAGAGUAAGCAUGUUAGUCUAGGUCAGCCUGCUCCCUCCUGUAGAAUACUUGAUUAUGGAUCAUUGCACACAUAUAAAGCCGGACCACAUCCUUCUGAAGUGUUAUAUCGGUUGCUGGCUCCCUAUUCACUUGACCCGAACUGUUACGGUCAAGAGGACGCCACUAAUAUAUCCAAGCUGCAAACAGUCAUGCGAUCCCAGUCCGAAUGUGUAGAUGAAGCUGUUCUCUGGCACCAGUCACAGUAUGAUAUCAAAGGAAUGGGUCCCAAAUCUGCAAGCCCCCCCCCCCCCCCCCCACUUUUCUAAAUCUAGGAGUGAAAAUGUCAAAGAAAACAGACAAUAAAGUUUUUGCAACUAAA